GCAGUCCUGUCGGACUACCCCGAGGUCAUGAAGUUCCUGGUCGAGAUGAGGGCCGACGCGUCCGUCCCCCGCUGCGACGGCUCCCUGCCGCUGCACAGCGCCGCCGCGCUGGGGGACCCAGACCUUGCGGAGAACGUCUACUGGCACGACCGGGAGGCGAUGCACGCUCGGGACAUGCGCGGGGAGACCCCGGUGGAUAUUGCAAAGCGCAUGGGAUUCAAGGAGGUCGAGGCGCGACUCGAGAAGGCCGACGCGGGCCAGACGAGCCAGCUGGAGAGGGCUGCGGUGUGCACGCGCGACCUCAUCGCAGUGCCGGAAGGCGACGUCUUCCGCCUGGCGCGCCUGGGCAGGUUCCAGCAGGUGAGGCAGCUCGUGGAGGACGACCCCGAGGGCCUGCGGCUGCAGAGCGCCACGGACCAGAGGUGCGGGGAGCGGCUGCUGCACGCGGCGGUGAUCGGGGGCAGUCUCGAGCUGGUGCGGUAUCUCACGGACGAGAACGACCCGCGGCGGGCGAUGGGGAUGGUGUCGAGGGCGGGGUCUACAGCUUUGAAGGAGCGCUUCCUGUGGCCGCUCGCGGCCAUCUCCUGGAAGGCCGCCCCCGCAGUGGACAGGUUGGACGGCGGCUCGCUGCGUGACCUGAUCGCAGAGCUGCUCACCCUCGGCCUGGCAAGGCUCGAGAAGGUGGAGGCUACGGCGCGGAGGGGCGAGGAAGCGGACAAGGACGACAGCGUGGCCAGCGGCAGGCGCACGGAGCCCGAGGCGUACGCGGGGCCAGAUGAUCGCGACCACUUCGCUCUGAGCAUGUCCGACGCCUUGUCCCCCCGGCUGCUCGUCGUCGAACUCUUCGGCUUCUGA